AUGACGGUAUAUCUAGACAAGAUGACGAUAUACAAGCCAUUCGAAGGCAAUACGAAAGAAGAGUUUGACGCCCAUGUGCCCAAAAGGAAUGAUUUUUUGUUGUGUCACAACUGCGGAUGGAAAGCAGAUAGCCAGGAACAUAGUUUCUACUUUAGUCAUAUCAAAUGCACCAGGUGUAUUGCUAGUAGAGGUGUAUGGACUAUUGGCGACAACUACAUUUUGAAAGAAAGACCUAUUUUGGGAAAUGCGAGUGCCAGAUAUGUAGGGCCUGAUGUUUCAAUUUCCAAAUUUCUGAGCGAGAAUUCCACGAUACCUGUAGGAAAAGACAUGCGACAGUGGAAGGACAGUAAAAGUCUUUUCUGCUUGAUGGAGAAAAUUCCGGGCGAAUCGCUAUGGUCAGCUGGGAUGCACAUGAGCUAUGAAGAGGUAAAAGCUAUUGCCAAAGAAGUCGUCCAAUAUCUUAAGCAAUUGCGCACGUUUACAUCGACAAAACCAGAAGCUCCAGAUGGUUCACCAAUAAGAGAUGUACAACUAGGCCCUGAUGAGAGGAUACAUUUCGUGACGGAAGAUGUUGAAGAAUGGUGGGCUCGUACGGAACAUCGAUUCAAAGAGACACACGUUCGAUUUCGUCAAAACAUCAAAGACCGAUAUCCUGUAAAAGGACCAUACGUGCUGACACAUGGUGAUCUGCAUGCGACCAAUAUCAUGGUAAAAGAUGGACAUGUUACCGGUAUCAUCGAUUGGGAAUCUGGGGGGUAUCUUCCGGAAUGGUGGGAGGCGGUAGCAACUAGAAUGGUCCAACCAGGCUCAUGGGCCCGUCAUUUGAGGGAGGAAUGGAAAGAGCAAAUUGGGCCUUGGCCGGAGGAGGAAGUAAAAAUCGUGGACCACUAUCAAAACUGUUACCAUGAUUAUAAACCAGAGAAAACCGGAGUAAUGGAGUACCAUGAUCGAGAUGAAUUGAUGGCAUGUACAAAUUAUCGUCGCUACAUUGAGGAGUCAAGGUGGGGAUUUGCAGAAACUAUUCGUCAGCGUGAGAUGCGUCAGAAAAAGGCGGCUGAGAAGGAAGACGAGGCUUCGGCAGCUCUCAAAACAUUAAGUCUAGAGGGAAAGAAAAGUUAA